AUGGCCAAGGAACCAGAAGGCAAAGUGCAUCUGCUAGAUGGCACGGAACUGCCUUAUGAGGUGUUGGGCGAUAACAGACAAUGUCCGUUGAUUUGGGGGCACGGCUUGGGGCCCACGGAUCCACGUGGCAUGGACCAUCGGGCCUGUGAGAGCUUUCCUCUAGUCAGUGAAGGUUUGCGGGAAGAUGCCCACGAAACUGAGGGCAAGUUGCCGUUCAGCGCUGUUGUCUAUGAUGCGCGAGGACACGGUCGAUCUUGUGGUUGGGAGCCACUGGCGAGUUGCAUUCAGCAGUUUCACUGGCGCAGCUUAGCCUUCGACAUGUUGUCCGUGGCAAGCCAAUUUCAGACGCCUUCUACACGGAAGCUGCGUGGAGCUCUUCUUGGGGGCUAUAGUAUGGGAGCCUCGACUGCUUUGUGGGCGGCGUAUCUUUGUCCAACAGCCGUUCGUGGCUUGGUGCUUUUGUCCGUCACAACGGCAUGGGAGAUUCGAUCUGCUAGGCGAGCCAAUCUAUUGAACAAUGCAGAUCUCCUACAACCAAGCGACCCUGCUGCUGCAGAAGUGGUUCGGGGGGCUGCAUUUUCAGACCUGCCAUCACUGGAUGACUUAGCAGCCGCUAAGAUCCGAAUUCCUGUUUUGUUGUGUGCUGCUCGUGAUGACACAACGCACCCUGCAGAAGUGGCAGAGAGGUUGUCACGGGUGCUCCCAAACGCCGAUGUGCUAUUGAAGGACACCAAAACAGAGUUGAUCCAGGCAUUUCCUCAACAUCUUCGCAUGUGGUUGCGCCAACACUUCCAGGACAAAGUCAUAUUGGAAGAGUAA